AUGGACGUGAAGAAGAGUAAAAAGAAACCCGAAUUGAAUGAACAGUUAUUUGUCGGGAAUUACAUUGAUGUUUUCCAUCAAGGAAGCAAGUAACAUAAGUUGGCGUACAUUUUGUAAAAAAGUGAAAAAGAAAUUGAAAUCACAUAUGAUGGGUUAUCUAGGAAGGAAAAUGAGGUAUAAUGUGUAUCCCUUAAAUAUAAUAGAUAAUCAAAUUAUCACAAAAUAGGAUCAAUUUUGCUCGAAGAUUCACAUUAAGUAAGUAAUUAUAUACAUUAAGACUACACUGGAGAUGAUUAUCGAUAAAGCAAGACUUCACGUGAUUACCUUAAAUAUUCAAGAGAGGAAUGUGAGAAAAAUAUAAAGGAACUAAAUUCUAUAAUGUAAAAUAAUUUUCAAGGUCUUUCACCAAUUGAAAUAUGUUUAUCUGUGCGUGUGAGAUAAUUCAUUUGGUUAGACAUGGUACUCUCUAGUGAAUUUUAAUCAAAAGAAUUGCCAUUAGUAUUGGAAUACAUAAAAACUUACUACAACUUUAUUAAGUGGUAUUUCGAGUAGUUCCCCAAGUACUUUGCAGAUGUAAGCUAAUAUUCUCACUAACUCAGUAUAUGAGAUUCCAAAACAAUUAAGAAUUGUACAUCCUUGAUGAACGAGUCUCAAUAGCAGCUUGUCUUUAGGAAGUGUGUGAAGCCUUCUGUAUGAUCUUUGGUUCCAUUUGGAGAUUAUUGAAACAAGAAAACUCCUUCUUCUAUGUAAUCCUAUUCAAAUUAAAUUUAAGCUAAACUAUGAUAAUCUUUAAUAGUACUUUGAAAAAUUCUUUCCAACAUAAAACUUUUAAAAUUUAACUUUGAAUCCCAAUAUUGAUGAUUGGAAUCUCUAUCAAGGAGCUUAAGACAUAAUGAAAUGCAUCAGGAAGACUUGGCCAUUUUAUUUGAGAACAAUGUUAUACUUUAGAUAGAUAGGAGGACUUUAAGCAUGGGAAGGAUUACUGAAACCUUAAGAUAAUACUGAAUACAAUUAUAUUCCAUUGAAAGCAAUGAAUAGGAUAGUAUUAACAUAAAAAUAUUUGUCCUAAUAUUUUCAAUAAUCAGAUUAGGCAUAAAUGGCAAAGAGGACAUUUGAAUGGUUAUAAAAUAGAGUGAAUAAUAUGACAAUUUAAGAUAUUAAAGACACAGAUAUUGAUUAAGUUAAAGAUCUCACUACAGAUCAUUAAUAUUAUUUUCAAAAGGGAUUCACAGAGGAUCAACUAAAUAGAUUAACAGAUGAAAUUUAAUUAUAGUUAUCACUGAAAUUUUUAAAAUCUUCAUUUUUAGAAAAGAGAGUAAAAGGAAUAAGUGAGAUUAAAGAUUUUACAGAGAAGUUAAAAUUUGAUUAAUAAACUAAUUUAAAAUUUAGGAGUUCAAUCAAUAAAGAUGAUUUAAUUAAAUGGAUUUCAUAAAAUAAAAUUCUAGAUUACACAUUAUUAGGAGAUUCUGUGCAUCCUGAAUUGAUUAAAAGAUCAAGUGAUGUUGCAGUGUUUUUAUGUCGAAAUUAAGCAUUUCAAAUAGAUUACAUUGAUAAAAUAUGGAUUAAUAAUUAUGAUAAACAUGAAACUACUUAAUUAGCAUUAUAUGAAUUUUUUAAGAUUGUUUCACCAUAUUUAAAUUUUCAAGGAAUUGAAAAACUAUAUAAUCAUAUAUCUCUUAUAUCCUACUCUAAAUAUAAUGAAAAUAUUGUAAGUAUGAUCAAAACAUUUACUGAAUCAGCUUUAUCUUAGAAAUUUCAUGAAUAACAAUUAUAACUAAAUCCAGAGAAGAGAUUUAUGACUUUUAAUUAACUUUGGGAAUUAUUACAAGAUAGGGAUGAUCAAUUAACAAAUAGUGUUAUUUAAGAAUAGUGUUUUUCUGCAGCCAGACAAAUCAUUUCAUAAGUUUAAUAGACAAAACAAUUUAUUUCAUGUUAUUUUGGCAAAUGUUUUGAAUUGAUUGGUAGUCAUUAAUCUGUUUAUUAAGCAAUUAGUUUUGUACAUUAUUUCCUAGAUAAAUAAUUUAAAGAUGAUUUCAAUGGCAAAAGAGAACUUAUUCAAUCUACAGAUGAUAAAUAUAAUAUUAUUGAACUAUUUGUAAAAGAUAUUGAAGUCUAUAUGGAAAAGGUGAGAUAAUAUUUUAAAAAUGAAAUUCCAUAAGAUAUAAUCAUAAAUGGAGUCUAAAAAUUUAGUUAAAAUGUAUUUUUUAGAUUAUAAAUGUUACAUUAUCUACUUUCAUAAACUCAUCUUAAGAUUACUUAUGAAUAAAGUGUUAGACUUUGGGAUACUUUGUCUACAAAAACUAAAGGAGGUAUAUAAAAGAAAGAAUUAAAUAAGAUAUUUAUAACUAAUUAUUAAAUGGAUACAAAUUCAUUUAGAAUAUGUCCAAUUUAUUUUGAUAAAGAAGGAGAAUCUAAAUUUUUUAAAUAGAUUUUAUGUAAUCCAGAAAGAAAUGAUUACGAAAAGUAAAUAUUUCUAAUAUAUUAUUAGUUAUACAAUUGAAGAUUUUGAAUUAUUUUAAGUGUUCUUUAAACAAUAUAAUCAAUCUCGUCAAACAUUAAAAUAUUUUAAUAACUUAUACAGAUUUUUAGUUAAUGAUCAUAAUUUUGAAGGAAAAUCAGCCAUUUGGGAAAUCUUUGCAAAAGUGAAAGAUCAACUAUUAUUAGAAUAAAUCUCUUAUUUUAUUAUUAAUCUGUAUACUUAAUUAAAUUAAAAUCUUGAUUAAUAAUGUGAUAAAAUUUAUUAAGAAAUGAUGGACAAAUGUUUAGAUUUGAUUUAAUAGCAAUGUCCAAGUUUGACUACAAGAUCAAUUAAUCUAUUAUUGCAAUUAUUUAAUUACUUUUAGAGUGGACCUCCUUCUAAGAAAUCUUCUAAACCUAUUAAUUAUACUACAUUCAAAGUUUAACUAUAAUAACCAAAUAAUUUGAUUAAGUACAUUGAAUUUAAAGAAGGAGACAAUACUACAAUUAAUCAAUGGAAAUAGAAAUUUGCUGAAGAAUUAUAGGUUGCAUAUCUAUAAUUAGAUAUUACAAUUGAAAAUAAACCAAUUGAAUAAUAAUUUGAUGUGGUUGAAACUUUUGUCAGUUAAGCCUUUUAUUAAUUAGCUACUGUGAAAGUGAAGAUUAACAAUAAAAAUCAUCCUAAAAAUUACCUUUCUUAAGAAUAACGUACAUUUGAAAUUUUGUUUAAAUUGUUAGAUAAAUAAGAAAGUAUUGAAUUUUUAAGUUAAGUUUGGGAUUUAAUUAAUAGGUUGCCUAUCAAUAUUAUAAAAAAGAGGUAAGUAGAGAAUUGUAAGGAUUGGAAAUAAUACUUAGAUCAUCAAUUUUUUGAUAUGUUUUAUGUAUUAUAAAUCAUAUAAGCAUUAUUAGAAAAUGAAUAAUGGUGUGAAUAAUUUAAUAAAAAUGAUGGUGUUGAUUUGAUAACUUAAAAAUUUUUGGAGUAGCCAUUCUAGUUUUAAUAACGUCCUCUUGAAAUUAAAUGUUGUUUAACUUAUUUAGAAAUUUUAAGUCAUCCAAGAAUUAGAAUUAAAGAAAUAUUUAUAAUAGAAUAAAUUAAGUCAAAAAUAAUAGAAAGUAUUCAAUAAUUAUGUCAUUUCAUUAAAAGUAAAAAGAAGUUAGAAGUAGGAUAAAGGAAAUCUCCUUAAUAAAAAGAAAUGAAUGAUGUAGAAUCUCGUCUUCUUAGAAAAUGUUUUUUGUAUUUAGAUUAAGAUGGAUGUAGAUUAUAUAUAAAAAAUUCUGAAUUAAAUUAAUAACUUUAUACUUUUUUUGUUGAACAUGAAAAUCAUGAAUUAAAGAAGGAAUAUAGUUUAUAAUUAUUAAAUCUAAGAAAUACUUCUGAAAGUAGAUUACUAAUUAAAAUUGUUUUAGAAGAUGUUUUAAAGGAUGUAAUAUAAAAUAAUAAAUAUAAAUGUGAUCAUUUUUUUGAAUUUUGUUGUAAUUUAAUAUAACAAGAAUAAAAUUUGGCUAUAUAAAAAUUAAAUUUUGAGGAAUUAUUGGUUUAUAUUAGAUAGAAAUUAGAAGAGUUACCAUUUAAUGAAAAUACAAUAAAAGAUUAAGAUUAAAUUUUAAUUGGUUUAUUGAAAUUGUUAAAUGUUUUAAUUGAUAGAAUUUAAUAGUUAUCAAAUCAUUAAGGAUUAUUUGAAUAAAUAUUAAGUUAUUUAUUUGAAAAAGAAGGAGAAACCAGAUGUAAAUGUAAAUCAUAAUAAUCUCGAACAGCUGGAUUCAAUUGUUUCUUUACUUUAUUAAGAUCUCCUUAAAAUAUGCAAAAAUUCUUAAAUGAGGUAUCUCAUUUACAUUAUACACAUACAUGGAGAACAAAGAAUUUUAAUGAUUGGAAUAUUUAAAGUAAAUUUCAUGAGAAAUCAUCAACUGGUUAUGUUGGUUUAUAUAAUUUAGGUUGUAUUUGUUAUAUGAAUUCUUUACUUUAAUAAUUAUAUAUGGUACCUGCUUUUAGAGAAAAAUUAUUAUAAAUUGAGGAUAAAAGUACAUGUGCAUAAGAAGAGAAUUUAAUACAUUAAUUGAAAUGUUUAUUUUUGGCUCUUAAACAUUCAUAAAAAUAAUAUCACAAUCCAAAGAAAUUCUGUCAUGCAUUUAAAGAUUUUGAUGGAAAUCCAACAAAUAUAUUUGAAUAAAUGGAUGUUGAUGAAUUUUGUAAUUUGUUAAUGGAUAGAAUAGAAUUAAAUAUAAAAUCAACUACUGAUGAAGAUUUAGUUAAAAGAAACUUUGGUGGAGUGAUAUCUAAUGAAAUAAUAGGCAAGACUUGUCCUCAUUAUUCAGAAAGAGAAGAACCAUUCUUUGCUAUAUCAUUACCAGUGGCUAAUAAAAAGAAUUUAGAAGAGUGUUUAUAAACAUUGGUAUAAGGGGAUUUAUUAGAAGGUGAAAAUGCUUAUAGUUGUGAAUAAUGCAAUAAAAAAGUAAGUGCUUUAAAGAGAACUUGUAUUAAAAAAUUACCAGAUCAUCUAAUUUUAGUUUUAAAGAGAUUCAAUUUUGAUUUUGAUUUAAUGGCAAAAGCCAAAAUAAACGAAAGAAUAGAAUUUCCAUUUGAAUUAGAUCUUUUACCUUAUUCACAAUAAGGAUUAAGACAAUAGGAGAAUAGAGCAAAUCCAUAAAAUGGAUAAGAUAAUCCAGCAGAAUAUUAUUAAUAUAGAUUAACAGGUGUUGUUAUUCAUAUUGGUUCUGCUGAUUCUGGACAUUAUUAUUCAUUUAUUUAAGAUAGAUGUGAUUUUAAUAAAUGGUAUGAAUUUAAUGAUAUAUUUGUAUCACCUGCAGAUAUAAAGGAUGUAAAAAAUGAUGGUUUUGGAGGUGUUGAUAGAUUUUUAAAAACUAAAUAUCCUAAUUAAUUUAAGGAUAAAUCAAAAAGUGCUUAUAUGUUAUUUUAUGAAAGAGUUUAACCAUUAAAUGGUAAAGAAGAAUUGAUGGAUAUUGAAUUUGAUUAGAAAACUUCCCAAUUUUUAGAUGAAAUUAAAGUUGAAAAUAGGAAAUUUUAAAUUUAGAGAUUCAUAUUCAGUCCUGAAUACUUUAUAUUUAUACAGAAUUUAAUAAAAUUUGAAUUGUAAUCUAAUUAAGUUUCAGAAUAAAUAGUAUAAACUUUAGUAUUUUUUUAUUUGACUUGUGCAGUAAGAGAAAAUGAUAAAACUUUUAUUUAAAAUAAUAUUUUAGAUAUUUAAGAGCUUUUAAAAAGAGCUCCAAAUACAUGUGAAUGGUUAUUAAAAUGUUUUAAUUAAUAUCAAUAUAUAAGAGAAUUCUAAUUUGAUUGUUCUAAGAAAAUGGUGAGAAAAUAUGUAAUAUCAUUGAUUGUGACAGCAAUAGAUACUGUAUAAAAAAAGGAAGGAUAUAAAAUCUUAUAUGAAUAUGUAGAUGAUAAACCAAAAUCAUUAGUUGCUUCUUUAAUAAAUUCAUGGAUUCGAUUGAUACCAGAUUUAAAGAGAAGUCUUAAAAAUUCUAUUGAAUAUUAUGAUCUAUUUUAUAGAUUUGCUAAAUUAAAUUAAUAGAAUUCAUAAUAUUUGAUUUCUAAAAAGAUUGUGGGUAAAUUUUUAGAUUUAUUUAUGGAUACAAUGUAAAUUAACUUUAGUAAAUUAUUAAUUCCAUCUAAAGAGAGUGUGAGAAAAUUAGAUGAUCUUAAAGUUAAACAAUUUACAGAAGAUCCAAAUAGUUUCUUAGGAUAUUAAAAUAUUUAAAAUGUAGAUAUUGCAUCUAAUUAUUAUGAUGAACUUCUUGAAAAGAAAUUUGAAAAAUCUAUGAAUUCUGGUCCAUCUACAAGCAGAGUUUAUAUGUGGAGAUUAAUAGCAUUCUUACUCAAAAUAGAAGGAAAGAAUGCUUUGAGUUUAGAAGAAUAAAAUCUAUUAUAAUUUGAUAAUCCAAUUUUGAUGGGGAUUUUAGAAGAAGGUGAUUGUAAAUUGGCUAUUAGGAUGAUAUCUGAUAUUCUAUCAAUUCUAUCCUAAGAUAAUUAAAAAUAAACUGAAUAAAUCAUUUAAGCAAUUAUUAAAUAAAUAAAUGAUAAAGAAUAUAAGGAAUAUAGAAAAUAUUUAGUUGUUUUAAAAAGAUUAUUCACAUUAAAAGAUUCAUUACAAUAAAUUAGAGUAAAUAUAUAUAUAUAUUAUAUUUUUAGAUUCACUUAGGAAUGAGUAAAUUAUUGGAAGUUAUGUAAAAAUAAUCUCAAUAUUUCUUUGAAACAGAUGUGUGUUAAUAAUAUAUUCUAAGAGUAUUUAUAUAUAAUAAAAAUAAUUUUAGAUAGUUUUUAGAAAUCAAGCAGUCUAUUAAUGGAUGAUUAAGAAUUAAAGAUUAUGGUAAUGGAUUAUAGAAACAAAUAAUACUCAAUCAAAUCCAAAUGAGAAAUUAAUAUCAAAUAAUUCUAAUUCAUAAAAGUGUAUUCAUAGAUUACAUAAUAUUUAAUUACCUAUUACAUCUUAAGCAUAUGCCAAAUUUUUGAAUUGGAAGAAAUUAUAAUUUUAGAAUUUAGCCAAAGAACCAUUUAAAUAAAAUGAAGAAUUUGAUAGUGAUGAUGAUUUAACUGAUAAAAUUGUUAAAGUUGAUGAUAAAAUAGAUUACUAGUAAAUUAUAUAUAAAUAUAAUUUUUUAGUGAUUAAAAUUAAUGGAUUACUGCAACUGUUAGUAAAAUUAUGGGUGAUUAUGUACAUCUUACUUUUAGUGGUAAAAUGGCACCACAAAAUAUUGAUAUAGAAUUAGAUUGUGAAAGGCUUGCUCCAUAUAAUACAUUGUCAUCUAAUAAUAAAAUUCCAGGUAUUAUAAAUAUGUGAUAUCAUUAGGAUAUAAUAACUAAGAGAUGGCAAUAGAACAUUAAUCUGACCAUGAUAAUGAUACUGAAGAGGGUAAUAAUAAUUCCAUUAAUUAAACUGAUUCAGAUGAAGAGUGA